AUAUAAGUGAAUAUAUUCUUUAUUAUUUAUGAUGUAACAUGAACACUUGUUGUAAUAACAUUUAUAUUUAUCUAAACAAUAUAAAUUAACUUCUAAUGUCUUCAUUAAUAAACAAAAAUAUAAGAUUAUCGUUGUUACUAUGUCUUUUAUGUCUUAUAGACAAUUAUUGCUUGGAUAUACAAAAGGAUAUUUAUUUAAACAAACGAAAUAAUUCAGUACUACAAGUGAAUUCGUCUGAUGACAUAACUGAAUCAACAAAAGUUAAACGGCUGAAUAAAUCAAAACUUUCCAAUUCCUUCAAAUCACAAUCAUUACACAGACGUGGCGAUUUAAUUGAAUCCGAUCAAAAUGAUAUCACAAAAAUGAAAGCUGUAUUAAAUAAUACAGCUUUGCUACCAUGUCGUCCAGAUAAAAGAUUAUUAACAGAAAAUGGUGUAGACGAGAAUACUAAAGGCACUCUUUUAUGGAAAAGAACUAAAACCAAUGAAUAUCUUAUUUAUAAUAACAGACGACUUCAUUCAGAUACUCGAUACAUACUGGAUAUGUCAUCAUUUGAUCAGACAAUACUUGAUCUUCGUAUUGACCGUGUUCAAAGAACAGACGAAGGUGAAUAUGUAUGCUUAUAUUCAAAUGGUCAUACGGUUUAUAAACAACGUGUUUACCUCAAUGUACUUGUACCUCCGGUUAUUUCUGAAAAUAGUUCCAGCUCCACAAGAGUAACAGCACAUGAAGGUGAAGCAAUUAUCUUACAUUGUAAAGCUUGGGGAGUACCAGAUCCUAUUAUUACAUGGUAUUUAACACCGAAAGAAGGACGUCAAUAUAGAAUAUAUGAAGCAAAUGACAAAAGAUUCAUGAUUAAACCGAAUGAGUUAAUUAUUUCAAAUAUAACUCGUGAUUUGCAAGGAACUUAUAAAUGUUUAGCACAAAAUGGGUUAGAACAAAACGCAUGGCGUGUAAUAGAGCUCGAUGUAAGAUAUCCUCCAACUAUUGAAAUGGCCAAUCUCAAGCUUGGCCAACUACUUAAAGGCACGACAAUGGUACGAGCUGUGAUUUCUGGCAAUCCAAUUAAUUUAUUUUACUGGGAAUUUGAAGGAAGGCCAAUACAUGGACCCAAUAGUAAUUGUCUCGUACCGAUGCCGAAUGAAAAAUAUUGUAUCCUUGUCGACAAAGCAAAUUCUAAACAUGGAAUAAUCAGAACAACUUUGUUUAUAGCUAAUUUAACUAUGGCUAAUUAUGGUUAUUAUACAUGUGUAGUUGAAACACCGUUUGGUACAUUUCGCAAUAGUACAGAAAUAUUUAGAACUUACUCAUCUCCAUCAACAACAUGGGAUAACUCAUAUGGUGGGAACUACGAACAUCAUUUUUCAGGUUUAUUAACAAACUAUCAAGGUUCAUAUGAAAAAAUGUCAGAAAAGUUAAACAAACGUGCAACUUAUCUUACUCAAGAUCGUUUAAAACCAUCAUCUUAUUCCUCUUUAUCUUCAGUAACUGGACAAAAUGAUUUCAAUUCAAUAUCAUCUACUUAUACAAUAAAUCAACGACAACCACCAAUAUGUCCAACAUGUUUAAAAUAUAAAAAUGUUAAAGAUUUAACUACACUUUCACCAGACAUAAUGACAUUGAAUACUUUCAGUGAUUAUAAUCAUGUAAGAAAUUUAUCCAAUACACUUAAAUUUUCAUUAUCAACAUUCCAUUUAAUAUGGUUGAAUAUUUUUACUUCAUUCUUAUAUUAUUAUUUCGUUUGAAGUCUUAGCUAUGCAUAACAGUAUCAUUACAUGAAUGAAAACAAUUAAAUUAUUCUUUCAAUAUUGUUUAUCUAUUGAUGGACAGAUAUACAACAGUUUGGUUAGUUAACUUCUAUUCAUUUCAUUGGCGGAUUCGUGUUGUUUUGCUUCAUUCUGAUCUUUUUACUUUAAAAUCUUUUUAUUUACCCAUAAUUUUGUACAUGUUUGUCGGUAAAUGAGUAGUUCAAUUCGAGAUAUUAUUGUUGUCAAGAAAAAACAAACAUCUUGAAUAGUAUAAUUUGAUCUUGUAAUA